AUGGCUGAAGAGUUGCAAAGAAAAAAGGCAAAUAUAAUCGAUUCGUUGACGUUAUUGGAGCGAUAUGCCAAGGAGUAUGAAACGGAUUCCAAGCUGAAAGGGCAUGUGGAAGCGUGGUCGAAACGUUUGGAGAAGCUGUACGAUCAGUACCAAGAAAUCGCAGUGCAACUGGAAAUACUGUCAACCGAAGACAACCCGAUCGACCUGAAGCAAGAGCGAAUGAAGAUUGAUGGCAAAUACUAUGCGCUCUCCGCCUUCUACCUAAGUAAGUUGUCCAAACCUUCUACUUCUUCCUCUAGCAAUGCUAUGCCACCCGCUCAGUUGUUUCGAGUAAAGCUUCCUGAGCUGAAUCUGCCUAAGUUCAGUGGAAGGUUGGAGGAUUGGUGCGUGUUCCGGGAUUCAUUCGAGUCCACCAUCGGUUCCCGGAGUGAUAUCAGCGCGGUGGAAAAGAUGCAGUACCUUAAAGGGGUUGUGGAGGGAGAAGCAGCUCGUAUCCUUGAUCCUAUUAAAAUAAGUGAGCAAGGAUAUAAGGAUGCUUGGAGAACUCUUCGGCUUCGGUUCGAAAAUAAACGUCAGCUGGUCAAAUGCCACAUAAAGAGCCUCUUCGACACCCCAGCAAUGAAGCGCGAAUCAGCAGAAGAGUUGCUGACGCUCGUAGACCAUUUUGAGCAGCAAUUGUCCGUCCUCAAGAGCCUUGGUGAACCCGCAGACAAGUGGAGCUCUCUCCUGGUGUACCAAUUGUCAAUCCGUCUGGAUCACCACACACUUCGGGAAUGGGAGAGCUAUUGCACAAGGCUCGACUCGGAAAAUAUCGCCUCGGUUUUGGGAGGAAUCGCCAAGACGGAAGAUUUGACCGUUGAUGAAUCCACGACCAUGCCUUCGUACGUCACAAUGGUCAACUUCUUGCAGAAUUACGCUCGAGUUUUGAUUGCAGUCGCUCCUACCAGUCCAUCACCACCACCUCUGCCCCGCUUCAAGUCUAAAUCAACGAAAUCCUUCGCUUAUCCUGCAACAGCCACUGCAGUAUCGUCCAGUAGUUCAUCCGUUCAAGCUUCCACCGUUGGAAUUCCAGCAAAGCCAUGCGCCAAGUGCGAUCAACAUCACUAUCUCUACCACUGCUCGGACUUCCGGAAUCUGGACGUCGGUCAGCGGAUGGAUUUGGUAAGACAGAAAAGACUUUGUAUGAAUUGUUUACGAUCAAGUUCCCACUUCGCCCGGAACUGUACCAGUCAGGGAUGCCGGAUGUGCUCCAGAAAGCAUCACACUCUUCUUCAUACGCACGAAGAUUUCCAACAUCCUUUUGGUGGACAAUCCAGUAGAGUUACACAACCAGGUUCCCAAGUAUCCACUCAGUCAGCUUCGCAAUCUCAGUUCGCUUCGCAACCUUCCAUCCAGCAAGAACUCCCCGCUACCAUCACUGUUAACCAAGCCGAUGUUCAAGGUGCUUCCGUAGCACCGCAAUACGCUCUCGUAUCACAUGUCAAGGAACCGUGCCCGGGAUUCGUUCUCUUGCCUACCGCGCUCGUAAACAUCCGAGAUGGUAAGGGAAGCACCAAGGUUGCACGCUGCUUGUUGGACUGUGCAUCUCAACGGAAUUUUAUCUCGAGAGCUCUUUGCGAACGACUUCAAAUACCACGAUCUCGUCUCCCACAUUCCAUCGUUAUUAGUGGAAUUGGAAACAAGUCUGUCUCUGUCGAAUACCAAUCCACAGUCACGCUUAUGUCUCGAGUCGCUCCGUUCUCGUUGGAUACCUCCAUGCUCGUUCUUCCGUCGAUAACAGUCAAGCUCCCGCAAUUCACCGUAGAUACACGUAGCUGGUCGAUUCCUCCACACGUGGAUCUUGCCGAUCCUAGUUUUGCUGUGUCUGGAAGCAUUGAUCUGAUUCUGGGUGCAGCACAUUUCUUCCAAGUACUCCGAUACGGACGGAUAACCAUCGGAGAACAGCUGCCGUUGCUGCAGAAUACCGAGUUUGGUUGGGUGAUUUCCGGUGAGUGCAUGCUGAAUGAUCAUGACCAUGCAAAUCCUCGCACCUGCCAGUUCAGCAACCCAUGUGCUAUCGAAGAGCUAGUCAACCGAUUCUGGCAGCUAGAAGAAGUGCAGGACAACCGAGGCUGGUCUCCCUCGGAACGAUUCUGCGAAGAACACUUCAUCCGGAAUACCACGAGAAAUACACAUGGUCGCUUCAUCGUCAAACUACCCAAGCGCGAAGAGCUUCUGAUGCAGCUGAAGGACAACCGAUACAAUGCAACCCGCCGCUUUUAUAGUUUGGAGCGGUCUCUGGAGGCGAAUCCGGAGAAGAAAAUAUUGUAUCACAAGUUCGUCAAGGAGUACUUGGAGCUCCGCCACAUGCGGGAGGUUGACCCCGGGGAAUUCAAUAUACAGCCACAGUAUUUCCUGCCUCAUCAUGCUGUAAUGAAAAUGGACAGCUCCACAACAAAACUUCGUACUGUUUUUGACGCUUCUUGCCGCUCAAAAUCAGGCCUCUCUCUGAAUGAUGUUCUGCUUCCUGGUCCAACCAUCCAAGACACCUUAGUCAAGAUAAUCAUGCGCUUCAGAUUACCUCAAUUUGUUGUCGCUGCCGAUAUUGAGAAGAUGUUCCGACAGAUCCUGGUCCACCCGUCGGACCAGCCGUUGCAGCGAAUCCUUUGGCGUGAUGAUCCCGAUUCACCGUUGAAAAUGUUCCAGUUGUGCACCGUUACGUAUGGUACUAACAGUGCUCCAUUCCUGGCAACCAGAGUGCUUCAAAAGUUAGCAGACGACGAAAAGGAUAAAUUCCCACAGGCAGCGCAUAUUUUGCGUCACGACUUUUAUGUCGACAAUCUUCUUUCUGGUUCUGAUGAGGAAAGCUCUCUUGCCGUGACCUGUGGACAGUUGAUCACAAUGCUCGCUUCAGCAGGUAUUACCAUCCGGCAAUGGUCAUCCAACAGUCCAGUUGUUCUUGAAACCAUUCCGCCGGAACUUCGCGAAACAAGCACACUAAGAGAUCUGGACCACGAAGCGUCCAUCACAACGCUCGGUCUGAGGUGGGAGCCAUCGACAGACUUCCUAUUGUUCAAGCCACCUCACUGGGUUGAAUUCCCGGUGCUCAGCAAACGAGCGCUAGCGUCACAGAUCAGCAGUCUUUUCGAUCCGCUGGGUUUUGCAUGUCCAACAAUUGCGAAGGCAAAAUGA